UGUUCGCUCUCUCAUUGCGCAGUUGCAGCUCAGUCCGCGAGGACGGGAUCGGGAGGGGAGGUCCUACUAGAGUCAAAAUGGUUGAAGCGGAUCGUCCUGGGAAACUGUUCAUUGGCGGACUGAAUACAGAGACAAAUGAGAAAGCUCUUGAGGCUGUAUUUGGCAAAUAUGGGCGUAUUGUGGAAGUUCUCUUGAUGAAGGAUCGUGAAACCAACAAGUCCAGAGGAUUUGCUUUUGUCACAUUUGAGAGCCCAGCAGAUGCAAAGGAUGCUGCCAGAGAUAUGAAUGGAAAGUCACUAGAUGGGAAAGCAAUUAAAGUGGAACAAGCAACCAAGCCAUCCUUUGAAAGUGGUGGUAGACGUGGGCCACCGCCCCCUUCAAGAAGCAGAGGUCCUCCCAGGGGCCUUAGAGGUGGAAGAGGCGGAAGUGGAGCAAGAGGACCACCUUCAAGAGGGAGUCACUUGGGUUCUUCUAGAGGGCCACUUCCAAUGAAAAGGGGUCCACCUCCACGAAGUGGCGGACCUCCACCUAAAAGAUCGGCACCUUCAGGGCCAGUGCGUAGCAGUAGUGGAAUGGGAGGGAGAGCUCCUGUAUCACGUGGAAGAGACAGUUAUGGUGGUCCUCCACGCAGAGAGCCAAUGCCAUCACGGAGAGAUGUCUACAUGUCGCCAAGAGAUGAUGGUUAUAGUACAAAAGACAGUUAUUCAAGUAGAGAUUAUCCAAGUUCCAGGGAUACAAGAGAUUAUGCGCCACCUCCAAGAGAUUAUGCAUACCGUGAUUAUGGUCAUUCCAGCUCACGUGAUGAGUACCCCUCUAGAGGAUACAGUUUUUCUUCUUAUAGUGAUCGUGAUGGCUAUGGUGGUGGACGCGAUAGAGACUAUUCAGAUCAUCCAAGUGGAGGCUCUUACAGAGAUUCAUAUGAGAGUUAUGGUAACUCACGUAGUGCUCCACCUGCACGAGGGCCCCCGCCAUCUUAUGGUGGAAGCAGUCGCUAUGAUGAUUACGGCAGUACACGAGAUGGAUAUGGAAGUCGAGAAAGUUAUUCAAGCAGCAGAAGUGAUGUCUACUCAAGUGGUCGUGAUCGUGUUGGAAGACAAGACAGAGGUCUUCCCCCUUCCAUGGAAAGGGGUUACCCUCCUCCCCGUGAUUCAUACAGCAGUUCAAGCCGCGGAGCACCCAGAGGUGGUGGCCGUGGAGGAAGCCGAUCUGAUAGGGGUGGAGGCAGAAGCAGAUACUGAAAAACAAUCAUAAACUUUUGGACCAAGACAGAUUACUUCUCACAAACCCAAGUGGAAGUUGUUCUAUCUUUACUACCAGAGGACUACUAAAAGGAAAAGUUGUUCUUACCUUUUUUUAUUGUUGCCUGUUAAGUUUCCCCCUCCAUGAUUUUUAUGCUUUUGUGAGGAAAAGUUAAAACAAUGUUUAAUUUCAUUUCAAAAUUGUUAACAUUUCUUUCAAAAAGCAGAUGUUAAAUGUAUAAAAGUUGAGCUGUGUACUAGUGUUGUAACUUUCAAAGUAAAAGUUUCCCUGAAAUGCCA